AUGGCCCUCCAGCAGCCCGAGGGGUUGGCUGAGCGGUCCGGUGACCAAGUGGGGAGAGGCAGCUACAGUCACAGGCUGCUGGAGAGGAAGAUGACACAGAUGAGAAGGAGGCGGAGGGGAACGGUUGGUGACACAGAGCACAGGGAGGCUCAGUGUCAUAGACGGAGCAUCCUGUCCACCCAGCAGUCACGGGCUCUGCAAGAUUUUACUCUUCAUUCCACACUGACUGUGUUUGAGCCCGUCUUUACGGCAUCCUAUUGCUCCAGGAUCCAGGAGCAGGGGUUGUGGAAAUGGGAGGCAGGGGCUGACGUGGAGGACUCACCGUUCCCGCGAGGGGACAGAGACACGUCCUUCCAACAAGCCAAGCCCCAUCCCGGAGGGAGCACUGGGGAAUGGGCUGACCCAGGCCUCAGCCCAGCUCUGGACCAUGUGGAGACUCAGCUGUGA